GCGUGAAGCAGCGGACUUUGGCGUCUCAUCCAAUAGGAGCUCAGAAACCGUCGGGUUCCGUCCAAUCAGUGCGCAGCGGUCCUCCAAUUCAUCCAAUGGGAGCGUCGCGCGUGCAGACGGCUGCGCUGUUAUCAGAGCCUCCCUCUUCGCUGGCAACACACCGCCAAGAGUUCCAUCAAAAGCGGCCAGAACAUCACAAGAACGUCCGACUUCCUGUCACUUGGCCCGGAGCCCAUCCAGCCAUCCUACCGCUGAGCAAGCAAGGACAUUCGGGAAGAAGUUGGCUCCUUCCCGCACCGGGAUAGUCGGGGGAGCGCUCCGGAAGAGUCCAUCUUGAACUUUGCUUUUUAUUUUUGGCUUCUUCCUUUCGAUUCCCAGCGAGAGUGUCGGUUCAUGUUGACAAAUGUUAGCUGUGGGGCAGAUGGAGGCUAACCGGCAGAGUGCUUUCGUCCUGGGCAGCACCCCGCUGGCGGCGUUGCACAACAUGACCGAGAUGAAGACGUCCCUUUUCCCGUACUCGCUGCAGCAGAGUCCGGCUGCGGCUGCGGCAGCUGCGGCGGCGGCGGCGAGCUUCAAGGCGCCGUCGCUGUCCAGCCUCAACUCGCAGAUGUCCACUGGAGCCACCCCGCAUGGAAUAAGCGACAUUCUUGGGAGACCCAUCACCACCGCCGGCCAGUUGCUCUCCGCCGGCUUCCCCAGGAUCAACGGCAUCAACGGGCUGGCUAGCACUGCCGCCGCCGCAGCAGCUGCCGGGAUGUACUUCGGGCCGGCCGUGUCCCGCUACCCGAAACCGCUGGCAGAGCUCCCCGGGAGGGCGCCCAUCUUUUGGCCCGGCGUCAUGCAGGGAUCUCCUUGGAGGGACCCGCGCGUGCCUUGCCCCUCUCAGUCCAGCUUGAUGAUGGACAAGGACGGCAAAAAGAAGCACUCCAGGCCCACUUUUUCUGGCCAGCAGAUUUUCGCACUGGAAAAAACCUUCGAGCAGACCAAGUACCUGGCAGGACCGGAGAGAGCUCGCCUGGCCUACUCGUUAGGGAUGACCGAGAGCCAAGUCAAAGUGUGGUUCCAGAACAGGAGGACCAAGUGGAGGAAAAGGCACGCUGCAGAAAUGGCCACGGCCAAGAAGAAGCACGACUCGGAGACAGAGAAGAUGAAGGAGAGCUCGGACAACGACGAGGACGACGAGUACAACAAGCCGCUCGACCCCAACUCGGAUGACGAGAAGAUCACGAGACUGUUGAAAAAGCACAAGAGCAACGGAGGCGGCGGCAAUUUAGCCCUCAUCAGCCCCUGUAGUAACAGCUCGGACACCUUGUGAUGACCCCCCUCACAAAAGAAGCGCAGGGUGGUCCACACCAGAAAAAGACUCUUUCGGAGCCCAUUUGCACCUGACAUUAAGGAGAGAAGACACUAAGUGGAGUUAUACACAACAAAUAUGUACACAAAUCUGGAAUGGAACACGAGCGAACCCACGUGAUUGUUUGGAUCAUAUGUAAAAUUUAAUUAUAUGUUUGGACGUUUUCAUUGCGUGAGUGAAGUGUGAAUGAUUGUUGGUGCAGCAGCCCCCCUGAAAAUGGAUGGAUGGAUUUUUAUUUGGGCUUGCAACCCAUGAUAAUUUUUUUUAAAGAAGCCACUCUGAUCCGGAUUCAACAUUUCUCAUGUCAGGUGUGAACGGGCUGUGACGCUUUCAAAGCUCAGUUUAAGCAGGGUAUCCACUGUCCUAAAAGGCUCAAAGAUAACGAAAACGGAUUGUUAAAUAUACACGAGAUUGUAUUGUAUAUAUUUUUUACAGAAUAAUUUAUGUUGUUUGAAGCAGCGGAGAGGACAAACAAACAAAAAAAAGACAUUCCCUCCUCCACGCUGACCUGACGCGCUUAUUUCCUUGCAAACAGAGCCACUGCUUCUUCUUGACUUCUUUUCAAGUCGCACACUUCAAAAUGCUGUAAAUAGAAAUUGACACCAAAUUUCUGGUUUGACCUCAUCAGAUUUCACGUAGAAAACGGGAACAUCUUUUGUUGUUGUUGCUGUUGUUACUUUUAAAGAGUAUUAUUGCUUCCGGGGAGGUUAUAGAGAGAGAGAGAAAACACACACUUUGUAUUAUAAAUAAAUUAUUUAACAAGCAUUAGUUUUAUUAUGGUUUUCUUUUUUUGUCUUAAUGUAUGGGCUUAAUAUAAAUUAAAAGAUCAAUUUGUGAAAUUACU